UGGAAUUCAUGCUGGUUUAUGCUGGAUUUUUCAGCAGGGAAGGGUAUCACGCCAGUAUUUAAUUCACUGCUUGAAGCUGGAGUGAUCGUGCCAUGUGAAACCUCCCCAGUGGGAACACCUAUUUUUCCAGUGAGAAAACCCAGGCCUCUGGGAGAACCAGAGGAGCGACGUUUUGUCCAAGAUUUGCAAGUGGUGAAUGAUGCAGUAAUUCCAAGAGCUCCGAAUGUGCCAAACCCUCACACAUUCUUGUGUCAGAUUCCACCAGAAAGCAAGUGGUUUUCUGUGGUAGACUUAGCUAAUGCUUUUUUCAGUGUACCAGUUCAUCCAGACAGCCAGUUUUGGUUUGCGUUUUCUUUCAAUGGAAAACCGUACAUUUUUACCAGAUUGUGUCAGGGAUAUUGUGAAUCUACAACUAUUUACAAUGAAGCUCUUAAAAACAGUCUUGAAUCUCUGACACUGACCACAGGAUCAGCAAUUAUUCAGUAUAUGGACGAUUGCAUGAUUGCACCACCACCUAAAGAGCAAUGUGAAAAAAGACACUAUUGCGUUACUUUGUCAACUAGCGAAGGAAGGUCACAAGGCGAGCUUAUCAAAGCUGCAGUUUGUAAAACAGCAAGUGAAAUUCUUGGGGCAUCUGAUAUCAGAACAAGGCAAAACUAUUGAGCAGAACAGAGUUGCAGCAAUACAAAACAUUCCAAAGCCUAACACAAAAAAACAACUGAUGUCAUUUCUAGGCAUGUGUUCCUAUUGUCGAACUUUCAUAUCAAACUAUGCAGUCCUCGAAGCACCCUUGAGUGCAAUUGCUCAUGGGAAAUUUCUACAGGCCCACAGUGCACUGACUUGGACACCAGAGGCAGAAAUAGCUUUUGUAGAUUUUAUAAAUGGCUUUACAAACCACCCCAACAUUGGAAAUUCCAGAUCCAAACAAAUUGUUUGUGCAAACAGUUGAUGAAAUAAGUUGUUGUAUGACAUCAGUGCUAUUACAAAAUCAUGGUGGGAAAUUGAGACCAGUAGCCUACUUCUCUGCUAAAUUAGAUUCAGUAGUGGCAGGCUUGCCUAUGUGUUUAAGAGCAGUAGCAGCAGCUGAGAAAGCAGUUAAUGGUUCAAGAGAUAUUGUGGGAUACAAUGAACUAACUCUUUUGGUCCCACAUGCAGUGUCACUUCCUCUUCUUGAACAGAAACAGCACAUAUGUCUGCAGCACGAUGGCUGAGAUAUCACACUAUUUUGCUUGACAUGCCAAAUGUGAAAGUAAAAUGCUGUACUGAAUUAAACCCUGCAACUCUUCUCGCCACAGUAGCAGAUGGAGAACCACACAAUUGUGUUUCAGUUGUAAAUGAAAUUUGCAGUCCUAGGUCUGAUCUGCAGGAGAAACCAUUGCAGAAUCCAGAUCUUGAGUUUUUUGUGAAUGGAUCAUCCUUCAGAGAUCAGAAAACAGGCCACAACUGCGUAGGGUAUGCAGUAGUUACACAACAUGAAACGAUUAAAGCAGAAUCAUUACCAGAGCAUCUUACUGCACAAGCAGCCGAAUUGGUUGCUUUAACAACAGCAUGCAGGUUAGCAAAAGACAAAACUGUCACCAUUUAUACUGACAGUAGAUAUGCAUCUGGGGUAGUACAUGAUUUUGGUACAUUGUGGAAAAACAGAGGUUUCCUGACUUCUUCAGGUAAAGCAAUCAUGCACAAUGGCCUUAUUUCUGAGCUCCUGGAUGCAAUCCUGUUGUCAAAAUCUAUUGCCAUAUCUAAGUGUGAAGCACACACUGGGAAACAUGACCCCAUUUCACAGGGUAAUGUGCAAGCAGAUGCAGCAGCAAAAUCAGCUGCGCAGAAACAGAUUCUUUCAUCAGAGAAUGAUGAAACUUUGUGUAUGUUGAAAGUAUGUACUCCCACAACAGAUCUCAAAGAUCUUCAAUCACAAUCUACAGCCCAAGAAAGAGCCACAUGGAGCAAAGCAGGAGGUGUGGUAAGAGAUGGGGUUUGGUACGGCCCUGAUGACAAGCCAUGUUUGCCAAAGAAAUUGUUUCAGUUCUAUGCUAAAUUGGCGCAUGGGCAAGACCAUAUGGCAAAAGGGGGGAUGUACUGUAUAACAGUGUCUCCAGAUACUGGCACAUUAAGGGCUUUGCAAACUAUUCAUUUUGUGAGAAAUGUAUAGUGUGUGCGACAAACAACAUUGGCUGAGGCGUUAAAGUCUCCCACCCUCCGCCACAGCGACCAUUUGAACCCUUCCGAUGGAUUUUAUUGAAUUGACACCCAGUGAAGGCAAAAAAUACUGUUUGGUGAUAGUGGAUAUGUUCUCUAAGUGGGUGGAAGCUUUCCCCACUUCCAAACAGGAUGCAAGAGCAGUAGCUAAAGCACUCUUGUCUGAAAUUAUCCCUCAUUGGGGAAUCCCUGAGAAAAUCAGUAGUGACAAUGGGACUCCAUUUGUAAACCAAGCACUUCAACGGGUGGGAGAGUACUUAGGUAUACAGUAGAUCUCAGACAACACUGUGCAUACCACCUUGCCAGCGGAGGGGCAGUAGAGCGAGAAAAUGGUACUCUAAAGAAUAAAUUAGCCAAGUGCUGUGAUGAAACAGGUCUAUCAUGGGUAAAGGCCCUGCCCAUUGUAUUAUUAUACAUGAGAACAAGAACUAGAGGGAGAGUGAAUUUAAGCCCGUUUGAGAUACUGUUUGGCAGACCUCCAAAUACAGGAAUUGAGCCUGGACACACACCUAGGUUAACCACAAGCCAAUGUGAAGAUGAAAUGCUGUGUUAUUAUGCAAACCUGUCCUCUGUUUUGUCUCAAAUCCAUAAGCAGGUGAAGGAGGCACUGCCUAAGGUGACACAAACAGAUCUGCACAGUCUCAAACCAGAUGACUGGUGAAGGAUUUGAGGAGGAAAAGCUGGAGGUUCUGGGAGAACUGAUUUAACUGGUACCACUGUAUGUCUACGGACUCUAAUGUGUGUGAUGAAAUGAACAUUCAAGAAUAUUUACCUACAUUGAAUCCAGUGAACUCUUGCUUAUCAAAGUGAAGCACUCAGAGGCUAUCAGGGACAACUAAAGGACCUAAGAGUGGCCAACAAACACCUUAUGAUGUAUAUCCAUUCCCUCCCAUCACAGAGGGACAAAUCGUUAAGAUUGAUGAAAAGAAAUGGGAUUGCAGCGGAUUUCAAUCUCAGUGGAAAAUCUAUUAUCCUUGGUCCUACUGUAUAGGAGUAUGGGGGAAAUCAAAGAUGAAGAGGAAGCCUACUGGUCAACACCACCAUCCUGCUCUCUUUUUAUACAGUAUAUGUUUCAUUUCAAUCAUACUUUGAAGUUAAAUUUACUUAUGCUUCUAAGUGCAUCGAGCUGUGAGGGUAAAUUCAGUGUAAAUUCAACACUGCUGAUACAAUCCAAGGUAGAAAUGAUUGUUCUGCCUCCUCCAACUAGUGACGCCACUCUUCCAUAGUGAGUUUGACGGCCAGUAGCUCACAUUCUCUAAUAGCAUCGUUCUGUUUGGAGGGGCUGAGGCGACCAGAAAAAAAAUGAGGCUUAUUGUCCUUGUGGUUCCUCUGGAACAAGAUAGCUCAUCAAUCAGAUGCAUCAACCUCUACUAAAAACUGACAAAAGGGGUCUGGCAGGCUUAUGAUGUUUGCAGAGAUGAAGAGUUGCAUGAGACACAAGCUUGCUCGGCUUCAGGGUUCCAGGUAUAGGGUCAUAGGGAGGAGGAGAGCUGGUGCAGAGGUCAUGCCAUGGAGCUGUAGCUUGGCGAUCUCUAAGAACUGCUGGAGUUACCUACAUGCCUUCACUUCAAUUUGAUUACUCCCUGGUGCCAGGAUAAAAACCCAGGAAGGUGAUUGUAGAACCAAGAAUCCAUCAUUUCAAUCUUUUCAAAGGAUGUGAGACUUCGGCACAUGGAGUACAUGGAAAGUAAUUUUGUCAACAUAAUGCUCACAACAGUGGAGAACUAGCUAUAUCCCUAAAAGCCAUACAGACUGAUAUAUUUAAACUUCACGCACUAACAUUGAUCAAAAAUAUAUGAAGUUCCUCUCUAAGAGGAAGAAAGACCCAAAUAGAUGAUAUAUCAGGGAUAAAAAUUAGGGAUUGGCUCUGCUGGCUCGCUGGUUGAUGUCGCUCAGAACACUUUGGCCUUGUCAUCGUGACCUGCCAAUAUCCGUUCAUGAGGUCUAGUGUAAAAAUAAACUGGAACCUCGAUAGUAUUAAGGUUGUGGUGUGUGCUCUGCUGUCACACAGAUAAGAAAAAGUUAACACAGACUUCACUUACCAAAAUAUGGGAAUGGGUUCAUCUAUCAAUCUAAGCUGACAUUGUACAGGUGACUUUAAUGCAUUGCAUUCUGCAAAGGUAAACCGGACUGUUGUUUGUAGAAUAUACAGAUGCCAAGCCAAGCCUCCCCAAUGGUCUGUCCUGGGGAAGAAGAGGUUUUAAAUAUUUAUGUUUGUUUUAGGGGAGGAAGCUGUAGGGAAGUUUAAAGGCAGACCUGAAAAAUGGAAAUUAAUCACAUUAAUCACUUAUACUUAUAAUCUACAUCUGCUUGCAGACAUAU